AUGACCGCGACACCCGCCCAGCAGGACGGCCUCUUGCCCUACCCCGCCUCUGCGACGCGUAGCAACCGACGACCGUUCAGGAGUGCGGUGCUCAAGGCGGGAUUCGGCCCGUUCGGAGGGGAUGCGCGAUGGGACGUCCUCACCCAGCGGGCGAGGACAACGAAUCUUGCCGUCUUGCUCCUCGCUGGGACGGCGUGUAUCAGCUUGUUGCUGAAUGUGCGGAUGUGGCUAGGGAACGAGGUCUUUCGACGGCCAGAAGAUUACAGCGAGCGCGUCCCUCUUUCCAUACGGGCAACUUUACAGUCUCCUCAUGCGUCUCUCAGGCAUCUCGUCAUGGUGCCAGGUCACGCUAUCUGGCAAGGCUGCGACGCUUCCCAUGCGACGGAAGACAAGGAUUGGAUACUCGAGCCGAUGCAGCGAGGCGGAUCAGUGCGGACUUACCUCAAGCACAUUGCGAAAGGAGCUGAAGUGGCAGUGCGAGAUCCGGAGGCGCUGCUUAUUUAUUCAGGCGGCCAAACCCGCCCAAAUUCCGACCUCACAGAAGGCCUCUCCUACGCACGACUAGCCAAGCUCGGCAACAUCUACGAGCAGUUCAUGAACGAGGAGCAGCGGCAUAAAAAUGCGGGCGAGUUUGAGCGGGUCACGACGGAGGAUUUCGCCAUGGAUUCGAUGGAGAAUGUGUUGUUCUCGAUUGCGCGGUUCAAGGAGUUCACCGGUCACUACCCAACCUACAUCACCGUGGUCGGCUACGGCAUGAAGCGGCGACGAUACGAAGACGUCCACCGCGCUGCAGUCCGCUGGCCGGCAAGCGCGUUCAAGUAUAUCGGCAUAGACAAUGAGGGGGAUGUACAGGGAGAUUACGAGGGAGAGCGCAAGUACGGAUUAGAACCUUUCCUCCGCGACAUGUAUGGCUGUCACGGCAGCCUCCUCGCAAAGCGACGGAAACGCAACCCUUACCGACGAUUCCACGGGUAUCACUCUUCGGCGCCCGAGCUCGCACGACUACUCGAGUACUGCCCGGCGCACAACACGCUUUUCCCAGGCUCCUUACCCUGGGACUGA